AUGCCUUCCAUAUUUAUGAAUAUUCUGAAUCAUUCCAAAACAACAACAACAUCAACUACUGUUACACAUCACAUGCAACGAGAAAAACCGCCGGAUUUUGUGGACAACAAGAACAAAAGCACCGACUCCAACAAUUGCUCAGUAGUUGUAGUUAAGAAAAUCAACCCUGAAAAUGUCAGCGACAUUCACAAACAACAACAACAAAAGACAACCAGUAUUUGGCAUUAUUUAACUUCAUCAGUAGCAUUAUUAACCACAUCAUCGACAGAGGCAUCAACAUCUUCAAUACCGCCAUCAGCAGCAUUGUUGUCCAGUUGUAGUAGCAGCUGCUGUCAUAAUGGUGGGAAUAGUGAAAUAAAUGUAAUUUUAAAUCAAAACAACAACAACAACGAGACUACCAGCAGUAUUUCGAAAGAGCUGACCACGACCACCAUGACCACCACCAUUAUGAUGAAUAGUAAAACUUUGGAAAACAUUGCUGCAACCUUGAAAUUGGUUUUAAGCAAGGCUGCCACAGGCUCUAUAUUCUUACCACAAGCUCUAUAUUAUACAACAACAACGGCGGCAGCAGCAGCAGCAUCACGAACAAGGUUGGCAGCAGCAUCACGAUCAUUAAAUAAUUGUUCAAAAUCAAGGAUUUCAUCAGCAGCAAAACAUCGACGAUAUGAACAGCCAUAUGCAUCGAAUUUAAAUAAGGCUACCGACACAACAACUUCGCCACAGCAGCUAACACUAUUAUCACAAUCACCACCAGCAUCAUCACCACCAUCACUAGCAUCAUUCUUGCCAUCACCAUCACCACCCUUGAGGCCACACAAUUUUAUUGAAACAAAUUCCAAACAAAAAUCCUGCCACGAACAACAAGCCACAGCAUUUAAUUACCGCAGUCAUACAACAAUGCCCUCUAACAAUAAGGCAAAGGCGAAAUCACCACCCAGCAGAUCUAUUCCCAAAUCCCUGAAAUCUCUUGGAGGCUAUAUCAUUCAACCAUCACUAUCCCCAUCGUCUCUAAUCCUAAGUAUUUUAGUUCUAACAUCACUACACCUGACCAGUGUGGCUGGCGAUCAGGUGAUACUCUUGGAUACAACACGUGAAGCCACCCUUGAAUGGACCCGUUUUCCCUACGGACCUCAAGCGCAAACACCCGGUUGGGUUGAAGAAAGUUUUACCGAUUUCGAUAAGGGUAUUAAUUGGCGCAGCUAUGUGGUCUGUGAUGUCGCCUAUCACAAUGUCAACAAUUGGCUGUGGUCACCCUUUAUCGAUCGUGGUCCCGCCAAUCGCCUCUACAUUGAAAUACAAUUUACCAUACGAGACUGUUCGCUAUUUCCCGGCAAUGCCCUAUCGUGUAAGGAAACCUUCAGCUUGUUGUACUACGAAUUCGAUGCCGCCACCCGGGAACCACCACCAUGGCAAACGGAUAGCUAUAAACUGAUUGCCCGCAUUGCAGCCGGUGAGGGGCGUUUUAAUCAAAAUUCGGACGUCGAUAUUAAUUCGGAAGUGAAAAGUAUUGCUGUGACCAAGAAGGGGGUCUAUUUUGCCUUUCGCGAUCAGGGGGCCUGCAUCAGUGUGCUGGCCGUCAAGGUUUACUAUAUUACCUGCCCGGCUGUCACCGAAAACCUGGCCCAUUUCAAUGAGACCCCCACGGGACGUGAAAUUACCAUAUUGGAGAAGCAGAAUGGCACCUGUGUCGACAAUGCCGAACCCUAUGAACAGCCCACCUAUCUAUGUAAAGGUGAUGGCAAAUGGUCCAUAUUGACGGGUGGCUGUCGCUGCAAGGGUGGCUAUGAACCGGACAAUGCCAACAAAACAUGCAUUGAAUGUCCGGUGGGUACCUUCCGUUCGGCGGAGGUUAGCAAAUGUGUAGCCUGUCCACCAAAUUCGAAUGCCUCCAAGGCGGGAUCCAGCUAUUGUAAAUGUUUGCCAGGAUUUAAUCGCCAUCCGCGGGAUGGUAAACACAUGCCAUGCCAUAAACCCCCUGGCCCACCCACAAAUCUGACACUACUCUUCGUGGAUCACAUCAGUGCAAUAUUAUCAUGGAAUGCUCCGGUGCGUGAGGCAUCGGCUGCCGACUCCAACUCCAUAUAUCGUAGUGAUAUUGUUUAUAAAGUUGUUUGCUCCUCGUGUUCUUCUAAUGUGGUUCUCACGCCCAACACAGACACCUUUAAUGACACCAAACUCACCUUGACCAAUUUGGAACCGUUGACCACGUACACCAUACAAAUACACUCCAUGAAUGGGGUGUCUUAUUUUGUGGACAAUGGCACGGCGGAUAGUGAGAGGGCCAGCAAAACUGGUGGUGGCAAUGAUUCAUUUAGUUCGGAGGAAAACACUGCAGGUGGUGGUAAACAUCAUGAUAAUGAUGUACCGCUAAUGCCAGGACCAACAUCGUCCACUAUCGCUCACAACGUUGCAGCAGCGGCUGGUGCACAUAUUCCACCCAUAGACCUAAGUCAAAUCAAGACUGAAUGGGAUGAGAUCACCUUUACCACUACGGAGUCAGCCAUAUUGUCGACCGUCAGCAAUGUACGCAUUGUCCUGGCCACCAGCAAUGAAGUCGAUUUGGUGUGGGAGAAACCCGUGCAAAGUGAUGCACCCAUCGAAUUUUAUGAGGUCCGUUGGUUUCCCAAGCCAGAUUUUGAUGCCAUUAAUAAGACUUCGCUGACCACCAAGGAAACAAAGGCCCAUGUUGAGGGUCUCAAUGAUAAUACGGAGUAUGGGUUCCAGGUGCGUUAUAAGACCAUCAAUGGCUAUGGGACGUACAGUAACAUUGUCUAUGCCCACACCCAACCCGGAGUGGGUUCCUCCGUCUACGAAGAGAAUUUACAAAUGCGCAUUGUGGCCGGUGCUACUGUGGCAGUGGUGGUCAUUUUGGUACUCGUCAUCAUAGCCACUGUGGUAUUUUUACGCUCCAAAAAUCAGGAUGAUUUGGAUAAAAAGUCCAGCAAUCACAUGCCACUGCCAUUGGAUUAUGCCAGCAAUGAGGGCCAGGUGGUGACCUAUAUACAUGCUAUGGAUACCACACCGAUUGUCAAGACCAUACAGUCGAAUGUUACCACCCCGCUGUUUGGUAACAGCCGCAGCUAUGUGGAUCCCCACACCUAUGAAGAUCCCAAUCAGGCCAUAAGGGAAUUCGCUCGAGAGAUCGAUGCCAACUACAUCACCAUAGAGGCGAUUAUUGGUGGCGGGGAAUUUGGUGAUGUUUGUCGAGGCCGCUUGAAAAUACCACCCAACUUUGUUCAGGACAUUGAUGUGGCCAUAAAGACCCUCAAGCCGGGCUCAUCGGAAAAGGCACGCUGUGACUUCCUGACCGAGGCCUCGAUAAUGGGUCAAUUUGAUCAUCCCAAUGUUAUAUACCUGCAGGGUGUGGUUACCAGAUCGAAUCCGGUGAUGAUCAUCACCGAGUACAUGGAGAAUGGUAGCUUGGAUACCUUCCUGAGGGUUAAUGAUGGCAAAUUCCAGACACUGCAGCUGAUUGUUAUGCUGCGCGGCAUUGCCAGUGGCAUGGCCUAUUUGAGUGAAAUGAAUUAUGUACAUCGUGACUUGGCGGCCCGCAAUGUCCUCGUCAACUCCCAGCUGAUAUGUAAAAUUGCCGAUUUUGGUCUAUCGCGGGAAAUUGAAAAUGCCAGCGAUGCGUACACGACACGAGGUGGUAAAAUUCCCGUACGCUGGACCGCCCCCGAGGCUAUUGCAUUUAGGAAAUUCACAUCGGCCUCGGAUGUGUGGUCGUACGGGGUGGUAUUGUGGGAGGUUAUGUCGUAUGGUGAACGUCCCUAUUGGAAUUGGUCGAAUCAGGAUGUUAUUAAGAGUAUUGAAAAGGGUUAUAGGCUGCCGGCACCCAUGGACUGUCCGGAGGCUUUGUAUCAGCUAAUGUUGGAUUGCUGGCAAAAGCAGAGGACCCAUCGACCUUCCUUCGCCAGUAUUGUAUCGACAUUGGACAAUUUGGCAAGGCAGCCGCAGGCCUUGCUUACGACACGUAAUUCGCCGGAAAAUGAUGGAGGGGUCGGCGGAGGUCAUCUUAUGGACAGCCAGAGGGGUCAUAACAUAUUCAUUAGCACCGAUAUGUGGUUGGAUAACAUUAAGAUGUCACGAUAUUCGCAGCAUUUUAAAGAGGCCAACCUGGUGACGGCUCAACAGAUCUCAAGAUUAACGGCUCAACAGCUCUCCGAUAUGGGUAUAACAUUGGUGGGGCAUCAAAAGAAAAUCUUACAUCAGGCCAGGCAAUUGGACACCAUAAUUUAGCAAUUUUAUUAAGAAAAAAAG